GAUGCUCUCUUCUUACAAUUACAAUUUGGGCUAUAUGAGAGCUCUCCUCUUCUUUCAACAUCCUCUCUCUCUUUCUUCACCUUCAUUCCCCAAUUCCUCAGAUUCUUCAUUUCUCUCGGUCUCUCGAAAUAAAUAUUACACAAAGUUCUCCUCUUUUCUGUUCCAAAGGUCUGGAUUUUGUAGGAUCUCUAUGGUGAUGCUUUAAUGUUUGCAGCUUUGAGAGGAUCUGGUCAAGAUAUGAGUCGUAGGGUGCGUCAGAGAGUGGAGGAGAAUAAGGUAGUUUCACCAAGUUUCCCUGUGACUGGAGAUGAUGAGGAUUUAGCAGGCAAGGCUCAAGCCUAUGUGGAUUGGACUAGUUUGUCUUACGACACUGUGCUUCUUCUGUUUACUCGGUUGAACUAUCGAGAUCGAGCUAGCUUAGCAUCCACCUGUAGGACAUGGAGAUGCCUUGGUGCUUCUCCAUGUCUGUGGAGUUCGUUAGAUCUCCGUCCCCACAAGUUUGAUCUUUCAAUGGCAGCUUCUCUUGCAACUAGGUGUGUUGAUCUUCAGAAGGUUAGGUUCCGUGGACUUGACUCUGCUGAUGCCAUAGUUAACCUCAGGGCAAGGAAUUUGCGUGAGAUAAGUGGCGACUAUUGUAGGAAGAUAACAGAUGCUACAUUGUCUAUGAUUGCUGCACGCCAUGAGGCUCUUGAGAGCCUUCAGCUUGGACCAGACUUCUGUGAGAGGAUCACUAGUGAUGCUAUAAAGGUUAUUGCCUUUUGCUGUCCUAAACUUAGAAAGCUCAGGCUUUCUGGAAUGAGAGAUGUUAACUCUGAGGCAAUUGAGUCUUUGGCCAAACACUGUCCACAGCUCAGUGAUGUUGGAUUCUUGGAUUGCCUUAACAUCAACGAAGAAGCAGUGGGGAAAGUGGUGUCUCUUCGCUACCUCUCUGUUGCUGGGUCAAUAAACAUGAACUGGAGAAUUGCAACAGAGAACUGGGAGAAGCUUCCGAGAUUAACCGCUUUGGAUGCCUCCAGAACCGCCAUUGACCAUAUAUCGGUUUCCAGGCUGUUGAAAUCAUCUCAAAGCUUGAAAGUUGUGUGUGCUUUAAACUGCCCUUUGCUCGAACAUGAUGUUAGUUUCAGCUCCGAUAGGUUCAAAGGAAAGCUCCUGAUUGCUAUGUUUAACAAUACUUUAAACGGUCUAGCUUCUAAAUUUGACGAUAACUCAAAGAUGCCAAAGGAUAUAUUUGCUUACUGGAGAGAUCUGAUAAGCAAGGAUAAAAGCAUUGACGAAACAAUGCGUUGGAUUGAGUGGAUCAUUUCUCAUUCUCUUCUACGAAUGGCGGAGAGCAACUCUCAAGCAUUGAACAGUUUCUGGCUGAACCAGGGAGCUAAGUUGCUUCUCACGUUAAUGCAAAGCUCACAAGAGGAUGUCCAAGAGAGAGCAGCAACAGGACUUGCGACUUUCAUUGUUGUGGAUGAUGAGAAUGCUAGUAUAGACUGUGGAAGAGCAGAAGCAGUUAUGAGAGAUGGAGGUAUCCGACUUCUUCUAAAACUUGCGAAGUCUUGGCGUGAAGGUCUUCAAUCAGAAGCUGCAAAGGCUAUUGCAAACUUGUCGGUAAACGCUAAUGUUGCAAAGGCUGUUGCUGAAGAAGGAGGGAUCAUUGUUCUUGCUGGUUUGGCAAAGUCUAUGAAUAGACUUGUGGCUGAGGAAGCUGCGGGUGGACUAUGGAACCUCUCUGUUGGAGAAGAGCAUAAGAACGAAAUUGCUGAAGCUGGAGGAGUGAAUGCAUUAGUCGAGCUUAUCUUUAGAUGGCCAAAUGGCUGUGAUGGAGUUCUGGAGCGUGCUGCUGGGGCAUUAGCUAAUUUAGCAGCAGACGAUAAAUGUAGCACGGAAGUUGCAAGAGCAGGAGGUGUGCAUGCCUUGGUGAUGCUAGCUCGAAAUUGCAAGUAUGAAGGAGCACAAGAGCAGGCGGCUCGUGCUUUGGCUAAUUUGGCUGCUCAUGGAGAUAGCAACAAUAAUAAUGCUGCUGUUGGACAAGAAGCUGGUGCCUUAGAAGCUCUUGUUCAGCUGACGAAAUCGCCUCAUGAAGGUGUUAAACAAGAAGCUGCUGGUGCUCUUUGGAAUUUGUCAUUUGAUGACAAGAAUCGAGAAUCCAUUGCUGCAUUUGGUGGUGUUGAAGCCUUGGUGGCACUGGCCAAGUCCUGUUCAGAUGCAUCCACAGGUCUGCAAGAGAGAGCAGCUGGUGCUCUUUGGGGUCUAUCAGUCUCAGAAGCAAACAGCAUUGCAAUUGGACAUGAAGGUGGUAUACCGCCUCUAAUUGCUCUUGCAGGAUCUGAAGCUGAGGAUGUACAUGAAACUGCUGCAGGAGCUCUGUGGAAUCUUGCUUUCAAUCCUGGUAAUGCCCUCCGCAUUGUGACAGAAGGAGGAGUUAUAGCACUUGUUCACCUCUGUUCGUCUUCUGUUUCCAAAAUGGCUCGUUUCAUGGCAGCAUUAGCAUUAUCAUACAUGUUUGAUGGAAGGAUGGAUGAAUAUGCGAUGAUAGGGCCUUCAUCCGCUGAAAGUGCAUCUAAAAGUGUUAGUUUAGGUGGUGCUAGAACAAAGGCUCUUAAACACAUUGAAGGUUUCAUUACAACUUUCAUGGAACCUCAAGUCUUUGCAGCUGCUGCUUUAUCAUCUACUCCAUCUAUGUUAGCACAAGUCUCAGAGAAAGUUAGAAUCCCAGAAGCUGGUCACUUGAGAUGCAGUGCUUCCGAAAUUGGAAGAUUUGUUACAAUGCUGCGAAACCCUUCUUCUAUACUCAAAGCAUGUGCAGCUUUUGCGCUUGUUCAGUUUACAAUACCAGGAGGUCGACAUGCAAUGCAUCACGCAAGCUUAAUGCAGAACGCUGGAGAAGCGAGGAUCUUGCGCUCUGCUGCAGCAGCUGCGAAUAUGCCUCGUGAGGCUAAAAUAUUUGCUAAAAUUGUGCUUAGGAAUCUGGAGCAUCACCAGGCAGAAUGUUCAAAAGGAAAGAAUAGGAUUUGAGAGCCUUUGUUUUAUUAGCAUAUUUGUUUUAGUGAAUCGAAUGUAUCUCUCCAAACCAUACAAGUCAAGACAAAAAGGCAUAGAAUCAGACUCAUGCUGCAAACACACAAAACCAUCAAGAUUUUUGGGUCUGAGAAGAUGUGUUUGGACAAGGUGUUGUGAUAUAUACAUAUCUGUGAACUUAUUAUGUUUAUUUAUCUCCUUCUGAGAUAUCUCUCUGUAAUAAGAGACCUUGGGGAUUAUUAUGAUCGGUGUUCUUCAUCCCAUUUGUACGCUCUGUUAAUUUCUUGUGACAUUAACAAGACAAGAGGGAGAGAGGUUGUUAAUUAUAAUAGUAAACCAUGGCUUUGUUGAG